AUGUCGUUUUACCCAAGACGGCCGCCACCGUCUCCACAGAGGGGAAAGUCCGAGUUUGAGAUACUGAAAUCUGCGCACAAGUUUCUUCGACCAGACGAAGAGAGUGACGCUAGCAAGUCAUGGGACGACCAGCUGGCUCGGAAGUACUAUGACAGCCUCUAUAAGGAAUACGCGCUGUGCGACUUGAAGCACUACAAGUCGGGCAAUUUUGCCUUGCGGUGGCGCACCGAGAACGAGGUACUCUCAGGGGCCGGCGAGGAGACUUGCGGAAACACACGAUGCUCGCAUCAUGACCGUCCAGACAGCGGAGUGAAGCUCACGCCGGUCGAGCUCCCGUUCGUCUACGCGGAGGAGGGACAGACGAAGUCCGCGCUCGUCAAGGUCGUUCUCUGCCGGAGAUGCCUUGACAAGCUCAUGUACAAGCACCGCAAGGAGAAGGAGAGGGCACUCCCUCCUGCUUCCGAAUCGGCCAGGCAGGUCAAGCUAGAGGCAGACGAUGACAGCAAAGGCGUUCUGGGGAAGGGAAAGGGGAAGGUGCUCGCGCGGAACAAUCGCGACUCCAACAAUUGCCUUCGCCUUCGCGCAACCGCUCGAGUCAUCGCAGGCGGUCUCCAUCCUCUCGACAUGCAUACUCCUCCUCGCACCGCUCGCAUUCCGAAACUCGACGACAUCGGCACUCUCGGUCGCGGUCUCCUGAAUCAGAUAGGCAAGAGCGUCCCUCUGCUCGUCGGUGGUGAGAUGGACUAUACGCGGGCCCUCCAGCGCCGUCCGUACGCAGCGGCGCGGCCUCCGUAUCUGACUGCGAACAAGAAUCAUCGGGCUGAGCGCCGACCGUGA